UCUUUGGUUGUUUACUUGUCAGCUGUCUAUACAACCGAACACGUUAUAAAAGUGUUUUAAAAAAUAAAACUCAUCAUAAAACUGCUGCUGACGUCACUACUGAGGUAUCGACGAAACAAAGGAAGAAGCCGACAAAAACCGGAACUCACCUGUUUGUCGAUUUCAGCAGAUUUAAGUGAGUUAUUGUGAAGUUAGCUGAGUUAGCUACGUCAAAGCUAAGUGACGCUGAGUGUCCACCAGACUGCACUUUGUUCCAGGGAAAGUUCAGGAGCAGCAGAGAUCACCUGGACAGUGAUCUGAGAAGGUCAAAGGUCAAAGAAGAGACUCUUCAAAUGUUGAUGUUCUGUUACUUUUUAUUUAGUCAACAAACAGAAGAACAAGACAUUGUUUUUCAGUUUGACUGCCCCUCAUCCCACCCUUCACCCCCCCAAUCCUCCUGGACCAUGGCGAACCCUCUGAGAGCUGAAGUGGUUCGACUCUAUAAAAAUCUCCUCUACCUCGGUCGGGAGUACCCCAAAGGAGGCGAGUACUUCAGAGACCGACUGAGAGCGGCGUUCACCAAGAACAAGUCAGUCCAGGACCCGGAGCAGAUCAAGGAGAUGAUCACUCGUGGGGAGUACGUGGCCCGAGAGCUGGAGGCGCUCUACUACCUGAGGAAGUACAGAGCGCUGAAGAAACGCUACUAUGAGGAAUAAACAGCUGCUGCAGAGACUCAGGACAGACUCCACCCACUGUAACCAUCUGUGUUUAUCACCAUCAGCUGCCAGAAAAAACAAGACACAUACAAAAUAUAAAGAGUCUUUGUUUAUUUCAGGCUCAUUAAAAACUGGAAUGACAGAACAACAGAAAUGAGCAGCAGCUUCGAGGUUUUAAUGUUUUAUUCCUGUCGAGUUCAUUCAGCUCUGAGAGAAAACACUUAAAUAAAGUCAUAAAAAAGACGAGUUGAUGAGUUCUCCUUCAUCCCUCCUGGCAGGAAGAGAGACCACCAACCCGUCAGCUCCCGGUACA